UGUGACAAACCUUCCGGAUUGAACUUGGCCAAAAGUGUCCUACGUCAGCGUGCCGUAGAGCUGAAUAGUAAGAAAGGACGGACACUGUCCAGGACCGAGGAAGAAAGCAAACGCAGAACUGAAGGUCUCGAGAAGAAAGUCGAGCCAACGAACAAAGGAUUUAAUAUGUUGGUUAAAAUGGGUUACGCUCCCGGGAAAGGACUCGGAAAGAAUGCCGAAGGCCGGGCAGAGCCCGUCCCUAUCGAGGUCCGCUCGAGUCGCAGUGGUCUUGGGCGUGAUGCAGCAGAACGUGAACGGAAAGAGGCCAUUCAACGGAUCCGUCAACAUCUGGUGGUUACGGAACGGAAUCAGUUCCUAGAUGUUAUGUCCACAAAAUUUCGUCUUAGUCGUGCGAAACGGCAACUCGAAGCUGCUCGUAGAAUCUGUCUGCAACUGGAUUCGGCUCAGUCCAUCCCAGUGCCUGUUUCUCCGGCAUUUUGGCCAACUCCAGACACACCCAAACCGCCAAAAUCUCCAGACCACGAAUUCCGUCGGAGACGUCGUUCGGAGCGAACCGAUCGCUCUGAACAACGUUCUCCCCAAUCGAACCAAGAGGAUCGGGAUAGGUCACCAUUCUACGAUGAUCGGGACCAGUUACCACAGUUGUCCGACGAAGAAGAAUUGACCAGUCUAGACGCAGACAAUCCAAAAUCACUCGAAGUCAAUAAGUUUAAACUACUCGGUAAACGCUGGUCUCACCGUAGAUCUCCCACUCCGACCGAUCAAACGUUGUCACUGGAUCCGGUUGAACGUAUGUUAGCCAAUCUCAUUAUCCACGAAGAGGCUCAUUUCCGUCAUCAAACACGCGAUGAGAAACCGCUUUCCGACUUCCAAAAGCUAUCGAUUGCUCGUGAGUUGUACUCACAAAAGCCUGGUAUAUUCCUUGAACGAUUCAGUCGCUACCUAGACUGGUCACAAGAUCGGAUUAAUUUCACUAAAUGGCAUAGUUCGGAUGAUUUGGUUGGUUAUCUAAUGGACAAACUGGAUCGUGAGGCCGAGCUGAACAAUGUGCGUAAAUCCAAGGUGGCCUCAUGUCGGGUUCGAAAUCGGCGUCUAAACGCUUUAUAUCGUGCCGCUCGAGGGGACAACAGUUGUCCUGUUUCCGAUCAUUUCACACACGAGGCGAUGCGUCAGCGAGAUCCUGUCCUCUGGGAAGAAAUGAUCGGCCAGCAUCUGGACGAACCGACAAGACGCCGUUAUUUGGAUAGGGAAUACCAGACAUUUGCUGGAUAUUUACACGGACAGCUGAUACAACAAGAAGAGAAACGGAUGUUUAAUCAAGCUCGUUACAAACAGAGAGCAAACAAAGCAAAAUAUGAUGAUGACGAUGAAUCAGAUUUUGUUGACCCCGUUCCAGAGACCAUUGAAGAUAGAGAACGCGAAUUCCUGGACCUGAUGAAGCUGCGAUUUCUAUCCGGCCAGGACAAGAGCUUCAACUAUCAGUGA